UUGACUUACUCUUUCUUUCUUCGUGAUGGUAGAGUGGGCACGAAUUUGAGCUUUUGUGUUCCUUGUCUGGUCACAUCAGAAGGCUUUUUGGCCAGACUGCCUAUGGCUUUCGGUGCGGGUGGUCCUGGAGUGCCUGACGGCGUCGAGGACGCAGCUGCAUUGUUCGUAGAGGAACUGUCUGCCAUAAACCUAGAUAAUUAUCGUGAAAAAAUUAGUCUUACGUAGCAGUCUAAGCCUAGCCCAGAAUAACGCACAGCCACGUGUUUAUCUUUUUUGAUCAAGCUGUACCAUCCGCCCAGUUCGCGAUUUCUAGCACGAUGGAGGAUCCAGAGCACGUCAGAUUGACCUACAAUGACAUACACAACAUCAUCAGAGGAACCUCGGACAAGAUUGCGUCUGAAUUUAACCCUGAUAUGUUUAUUGCGAUUGGGGGAGGUGGUUUUUUCCCAGCUCGUGUGUUGCGCACAUUCCUGAAAGACUCUUCAACGAAAAGGAAUAUCCCCAUACAAGCCAUUGGUCUCUCACUCUAUGAAUCUCUUCCUGGUACAACUGCAGAGCAGCUCGGCGGCGAGGUCGUUCGCACCCAGUGGCUAGGGCCAGACCCGGGCAAAAGAUUGCUCGGAAGACGCGCGUUGAUUAUUGAUGAAGUCGACGAUACGCGCAAAACUCUUCAAUAUGCAUUGAACGAGCUCCAGAAAGAUGUCGAAGCAGAACUUGAGAUGCUUCCAGAAUCUGAGCGUGACUCGAAACGCACCAAGUUUGCGAUCUUCGUGGUGCACAACAAGCUCAAGACGAAACUUGGAAAGCUGCCACCAGAUACCCCAUACUUCGUAGGUGCUGAGGUGAAGGACGUGUGGCUUGAUUACCCGUGGGAAGCUAUUGAUAUUGAAGAGCAUGACCGUCUGGCAAAGGAGGACGAGGGGAGGAAGACGACGAGCACUAAUUAGAAUUUAAAACCCAUUUGUAUGAACAUCCCAGCUGCAGGUGGCAUCGGGUCGUCCAGAUUAAUGAUUGUAUUUUUGACACGGAACCAAUUUUCAGUCCGAGAAUUGGUAUUACUUAGUGCAAACACCGGCUUUAAUUGAAUA